CUGUAAUAAAAGUAAUCACUUUUGUCGUUGAUAAACUAUAAUUAUUCAAUCUCGCUGCGCAAGCGACGCGAAUAGUAUACAAUAGAUUGAUACAUUAAGUCAUUCUAGGCUAGGUAAACAAAAAGUGUUAUCAAUUCCUUCACGCUAAUAUUGUCGUAUUGAUGUUCACAUUAAUACUAUCAGCAUUAACCUAAAGGUCUAUUGCUCGCCAGAGAUUGAAGACGUGUUCUACUGGUGGAUUAUAUAAAGUCAAUAAUGUUGUGGUCACCUAAUAUAGAAGACAAAGUGUUCAUAGUGACGGGUGGGGCCGCUGGAGUGGGUGGCGCACUGGUAAACAGGCUUCUGUCCGAAAAUGCACGGAGUGUGGUGUUUCUCGAUGUUAACGAACACGAAGGCGCCGCCCUGGAGAUAGCUUUGCACUCCAAGUUUGGUCCUCUAAAAGCCAAGUUCAUAAAAUGUGACGUCAGCGACGAGUCACAACUUGCAGCAGCGUUCCGCCAAGUUCUGGACAAGUACAACAAACUGGAUUGCGUUAUCAACAACGCAGCUGUGCUUGCCAACGAUGAUCAGUUCCGGCGGAUGAUCGACAUUAAUUUUACAGCAACAGUUAGCAGCACAUUGAAAGCGGUGGACAUAAUGAGCGCGAAGGGGGGAGGCACGGUGCUCAAUGUGUCAUCUCUCCUGGCACUCACUCCACACAGCCACCUGCCUGUCUAUGGAGCUACCAAGACUGCUGUGCUGCAGUUUAGUAAUUCUGUUGGAGCCGAAGAGUAUUACGUAAGGACAAAAGUUCGCGUUAUGACUGUGUGUCUCGGGCCGACAGACACGGCAAUUCUACAGAGGCAAUACUUGGACAACUUUGACAAAGAUUGCACUGGAUGUCUCGCCUCGCGGGCCCCGGAGCGGCAAAGGGUGGAAUCUGCUGCUAACGGCAUUGUGGAGGUGAUCAAGCGAGGACUCACUGGCUCUACAUGGAUAGUUGCCAACGAUAAGCCUGCUGUGGACGUCACUGAAGAAGUGAGAUAUGGGACUGACGUGCUACCCCAAGUUACGACUGACGAAUUAAUAUCAUAAUUUAGAAUUUUAAAAUAGUAACAAUGUUUGUUACUUCUACUUGUCUAUCAACCAGAUCGAUAGCUUCAGACGUUACUAAACCACCUCGUUCUCCCGAUUUCACUUACUCAUAUUUUCGUGUGUAAUUAAAGUGUUAUACGACAA